AUGUCUUCCUACUUUCCACGUCCAUUUAACGGAAAGGAUUAUAUUCCCCCACAGCAUCUCACACCUGACGAUGGCAACGCGGGUGACAACAGGGACGACAAGGACAACGGGGAUGACGCGGUGACAUUCAAGCGCUACAUCUCUAAUCUCAAACUAGGCGAGACGUGGGACAUGCUAGCGUUGAAAUACGGCAACAUAGAUGCAGCAGAAGAUGAUGAAGUGGAUAUACUAACAGGCGAGCUAAUUUCGGACCGCGGUCACAUACGCGGGCUUGACUCUAACCUCGUAUUCGGUGGUGUAGACGGUGGUGAUGCGACAGAUGACUCUGGAGCGUCAGACGAGGAUAGCGAGCAUGAACGCGAGCUGCUCGAGCAGCACCAGGCACUAAUACACCAGCAGCGCUCUCAAAGAGACCAGGAAGAUCUUGAUGCGUUUCUGCGCGCUGAUCGGGAGCUACACGCCGAUCACGAACCUUACUACCGCGAUAGAAAAAGCAGGGGCUUGCCGACGGUGAUUGAUUUCUCAGAGAGCGAUGCAGAAUGGCAUGAUUUGAGUGGUAGUGAUGACAAGGAGAAUGCGGGCGUGAGAAAGGGUAUGCGUAUGGCUCGUGCAGGUCAAUCGACAACCAGCAAACGUAGAAGAUCUUCAGUACAGAGGAACAUGGCGCAGAAUACAAUUGGAAACACAUCUCCCAGCUCAGAUGGCAGCGUAGUAAGAGGCGCAACGAAGCACAUCAAGACGAUCGAAUUGUCUUCGAGUGAGAGCGAGGACGAGGACGGUAGUGAUGAGGGUUUGCCACACGACAGACUAUCCGCUUGGCAAAGCUACAGCAGCAGUAAUGAAAGCGACAGUGACAGUGACAACGACCAAAACUCAGCUGCGGUGAAGAAGAACGAGUAUCGCACUGCGAAUGACGACAAUGGCGACACCAGUUUUGACGCUUUCUGGAAAUACAAAGAAGAGAAAUAUGCGAUGGACGGGCGCAGUGAUGAAGAGGAGCUAACAGAUGACAGUGCAAAGCAGAGAGCGCUGAGGGAGAAGAGGAAGAGAGACAGAAGAAUGCGUCCGCGUGACAGGCGCAGCAUGACACUGAGCAGCAGUAGCAGUGGCAGUAGUAGCAGUAACAGCAACCCAUCGGAAAGCGACAAAGAUAUAGGCAAGACGCUCACCUCGCGCUCAUCCCACAAGGGGAAAGGGAAACCAAGACCGAAACAGAAGGUUAAUUUCAACUUGGCAAGCAGAGCCAGCGAGAGUAGUGAAAGUAGUGAGAGUAGUGAGGAUGAUGAGCUCACUCGACGCGUCAAAGCGAUUAAACUGCGCCAGGAGAGUGAGGAGCAAUUGUUCAAGAAACCACAGUCAAAACAACACCAACAGCUAUCUGCACCAAUGUCAGCGCGCAAGAGUCGGAACGUGACACCACCUAGACGGACGACGAUAAUUGAUGGGAUGCGCACAGCGCCUGCGAAGAGUCGCAAAGAAACACAGCCAUUGCCACUGACGCCGACAGGCAGUGGGAUGAGCAAGAAUAGGGGCACUUACACACCAAGCGCAUCGAGAAUGCAGAUGACGCCAUCACAGCGCAACGAUAACCGUAGGAGGAGAAUCGAGGAGACGCUGGCAGAUGAACGAAAAACGCGGUCUCUGUUGUCAGGUGAUCGCUCAGGGCUUACGCCCAUGAUGAAAAAGAUCAUGAUCAGUGACACACCGCGAAGCAGCAAAACACAUCAUACCCAGACACCGUCAAAGGCGGGAAGAAGAUGA